UUUUCUUCUCCUGUCUCACUCCUCUCCUUCUCUUUUAUUGCCUUCCUCAGCAAGCUUAAUUCCUCACUGAGUGUUCUCCACUCUUAUAAGCCUUCUACGCUUCAAUUCCACUUCAUAAAAGAAGAUAGCUCUUCAGGAUGUCAAUACUUGCGUAGAAUUUGAAUUCGUUCAGCAAGCUCUCUAAGAUCAAAUGGAACAGAACCAGCAAGCAGGAUCAUCAUCAGCGCAAGGUUACCCUCAACCCCAAACCUCCUUCCACCAGCUACUGCAACAACAGCACCAACAGCUCCACAUGUUCUGGACCUACCAGCGCCAGGAAAUGGAGCAAGCCGGCGACUUCAAGAACCACCAGCUCCCCCUCGCCCGCAUAAAGAAGAUCAUGAAGGCCGACGAGGACGUCCGCAUGAUCUCCGCUGAAGCCCCCAUACUUUUCGCCAAGGCGUGCGAGCUCUUCAUCCUCGAACUCACCAUCCGUUCAUGGAUCCACGCGGAGGAGAACAAGCGCCGCACUCUGCAGAAGAACGACAUCGCCGCCGCCAUCACCCGCACCGACAUAUUUGACUUUCUUGUAGAUAUUGUGCCGCGGGAGGAUAUUAAGGAGGUUGUGGCGGCGGCGCCGCUUGGAGGUGAAGGAGCGGCAGCGGCUGGGGUUCCGUACUAUUAUUCGACUAUGGGGGCAACGGGGAUGUAUGUGGGCCAGCCGCCGGGGAUGGGGUGGUGGGGAGAGGAGGAUGGAUCGGGGGGGUUUGGAGGCGGGGGCGGCGGCGGAGGGGUUGAGGUGGUGCAAGGGUAUGGUGUAGCCGGUGACCAGCCUACGGCGCCGGCUCCGCCACCAGGUUCUUAAUAAAAUGGUAUAAUUCGUUUGAGGAGAUGGUGUAGAUUGAAUCAUGCCAUUGGUUCAUAAAUUUGUUAUGCAAUGUCCAAUUUAGAUUAUUAAAAAAUGCCAAUUUUUUUGCUUAGCAUUUUUAAA